AUGGACGAAGUGGAGUAUGAAGACACCAAAGGCUUGGCAGAAGAAGACCAAGGUGGCCUCCUCCUGAUAUGUGAGCGGAUUAAUGACUACAAACUUGAAGAAGACCCUGUAACUAAAGAGAGAACUUUUGAGAGAUUUGCUCCAAGGAAAGGAGACAAUAUAUACACAGAAUUUAAACAAUUCCAUUUUUAUUCUGAUGCUUACAGACCUUUGAAAUUCACAUGUGAAACGAUAACAGAAGAGUAUGAAGAUGAAAUAUUCUUACUUAUGGCCCAAGAAGUAGAUGAUCUAACUGACAAGCUGUGCAGUGAAAAAUCAGAUCUUUGUGAACCUUCUUCCACUAACCACACUGAACUCUAG